UAAAAAAUUGAUCGAUCACGAAUUCCCAACUCAUCUUAAGACAUCCUUAUUGUUCCUGUUUAUGCUGAUAAAUUAGGUUUCUCUUUACCUGCAAAAUUACCUUAUAUGCCUGUAUCUGAAGAUUCUAUUGCUGAAACUGUAUUUUAAGCCAAUCGCAUUUGUUAAAAAAUUAGAUGUGAAAAAAGUAGAAUUGAAGAAAGUGAUCCAUUAGAAACUGAAAAAUUUUAUGGUAUCUCUUUAUUUUCAUAUAAUAUAUAGUUACUUCAUCAUGGGUAUUAUUUAUUGUAGGAGUCAUCUUAUUUGUAUUAGGAUUCUCAUAUGAAGAUUUAAAAUCAACAUUAACAUUGUUAGGUACCAUCUUUAUUGUUUUACCUACACUUAUAUCCAUUAUUGUAGUUAUUAUUAGCAUAACUAAAUCACCUAAAUUGAUUGAUCUUGAAUAAGAAUGUACUAAAAAAUUAGGAGAAUUCUUUGAAGUCUAAAAUUAAUAAUAUAGAAAAAAGGGAUUAUAAUGGUCAAUAGGAGAUGAAAUGUUAUGGAUUUAGUUGGAAAAAAUAUGA